AUGUCCAUCCCGCCUUCGCUACGCCCAAUCCGCUGGGACCCUGGCGCUAUUUUACCGCUGCCAGCCUCUCCCAGGGACGAUCGCGCCUGGUUCGCUGCGUUGCCGCCGCUGACCGCCUGUGUGCUGAAAAUCAAUGGAUUCAACGGGUCCCUGCCUGUGGGCUGCCCCUCCGACAAAUACACCAUAGGCAAUUUCCAAGUGUCUCGGGUCCAGCCUGCUGGUACAGCAGAGGUGCGUCAGCUUGCUGCUGCUGCUCAGCCGCCGCACGCCUUCUUUUUCUCUUAUCCGAGCGAUUUGUCGCUCAGCGCAUACUCCAUGCUGGGAGAAGGCAUCACUCAGACUUCCAGAGACUCCUUACUUAGAGUUGUCAGAGACUCCUUCGUUAGAGUUAUCAGAGACUCAAAGCUUCCUUAUAGUUAUCAGAGACUCAAAACUUCCUUAGAAAAGACUUCAGAUACUCCUAGUUACCAGAACUCAAACUUCCUUAGAGUGACUACCAGAGCCCAGCGCCUAGACUCCUUCCCCAUGAUGACCCUCGUGCCAACCUACACGGGCUACAUCGGGUCCACCCGAGACGCCGUUCUUGUCAUCCAGGGCGUGCUUUCCAAAGAGUUCGCCUGUGUCCACCGCAGACCCCACAGCAGAGAAAGAGCAGACCUCAUUCGCCUGGGCAACGUCUUUGUAUUUAUCGAGGAGCAGCUGGGCAUCAAGCGCUGGACAGACGGCAUUGCCUGGAGCCCCUCCCGGAUCUUGGGCCGUUUUCUCGUGUACCGUGAAUUGGACAAGCUGCUUCACGACGACCGCAGAAAGAGAAAACGCAACCUGGAGCCGUCCAUGCUGCAGCGUUCGCUGGCGUCCGAGCUGGACAGAGCUCCGUCGGUACAGCAUUUUCAGCAGUUCCAGCAGCCGUUUGUCACGCUGCCGUUGCAGCACAAGGACCCCCACAUGACGGUGACCCGGCUGGACCACGGCCUCAUCAAAAAGACCUUGAGCGUUUCCACCGUGGUCAAGGAAAACGACAAGGAGCAGAGGCAAACCGUGCAUCUCAUCUCGUACUACCUGGCGUACGACGUGCUUCUGGGCCGUUUGGUCCGUCCGUCCCAGAGCAAUCUCCAGUACAUGCCUGUGAAUCCGGAUCUCUGGGCCGCCAUCCAGAAAUCGACCUUGGGCGGGAAAAUCCCCAUUGAAGACGAGGCCCAUUAUUUCUUGGACGCCAACUACCAGCUCCAGAACAUGCUGGUGCUUUCCCAGCCCGACCGCAAAGUGUCGCCAGCCACAGACCCGAAACACUACUUCCAGCCGUACGCCCAGCCCGUCAACUACCUGCCUUUUCCCAAAGUGCCGCUUCCCAGCCCGUACUCCGAUGCUCCAGCCCGCCAUGUCAAGGAGGAGGAGCAAAUCGAACACAAGAUUCCUCCCCAUCCGGUUCCUCCGAUCCACAUGCCCCAGCCGGACCCGGUGCCUGAACAAAUGUACUACGGCGCUUAUUCCCACCAGAUGCCGCUUCAGUACUACAACGGGCCGGGUCUUUUGAACCCCACCGCUGGAGAACAGUACCAGAUGGCCAAUCCGCCUGGAACCCAGCCUUUGCCGCCGUACCAGCAGUUCUACAACCAGGGCUACCAGUAUGCGGCUCCCGAGCGGGUUCCAGCGAGGGAGGGCUACCAGGAGGACUACAUGUGGAAGGAGACGUUGUAG